AUGGAAGAUCCUGAAAAAAAACCAUUAAAUAAAGGAGGAAAAGGUGAUGAUUCUGAAAAAAAAGAUCCAAAUAAAAAAGAAGAAGAAGAAAAAGGUUGUUGCGAUAAAUUUGCUGCAUGCAUAGAAGCAACAUGCAAAUUUUUAUACAAAAUUACAGUUGCAACAUGUAAUGCAAUUAAAUCAUGUUUAGCAUUUUUUUGGUAUCCCGUUAAAGAAAGGUGUUGUUUAUGUAUUGAUAAUUGUGAUAAAAAAUUAAAUCCUUGGAAAGAUCCAAGUUAUACUCAUGUCUGAGAUAUUUU